AUGCCAGCUAUCGCCCCGUCUUUCGAUCAACUACGUCAGCCUACCGCUUUCGAUCAGCACGUCAUCGUUCCCAGGUACAUGGACGAAUUGCCUGAACUCCUCCAGUCUCAAGAGUUUAAUCACCUGCUACACAAUCGGUACCCCAACAAGCCCUGGUCGACCUUGGGCGAAGCUGUCAAUCAGUACUUAGCUGUACGGGAGUCGUUCAACGCCGUCCUUUCCCUGCCAUCUAAACUCUACAUGGCACCCCCCAAGAAGACUUUAUUGCAAAAGAAGGAAGACGCGCUUCGUUCUCAGCUCGAAAGAAUGGGUCUCCCUACCGACAACAUCGGCGCCGCCUUCACGCCGUCCCAGCAGAAGAAGAGGGGGUCGACCGCGGUCGAAGAGACGUUGGGCGAGGGGUCCAACAAGAGGCCUCGAGUUGAAGGGGCUCAUGUCGAAGAGCUGGAUGAGGAGCAGUUGUCCGAGCAGGGAGAGGAGGUGCAAGGCGAGGGCACGAAGGGAGGAGAGGAGCAAGGAGGAGAGGAGCAAGGCGGAGAGGAGCAAGGAGGAGAGGAGCAAGGCGGGGCGAAGCAGGGAGGGGAGGAGCAAAGGGUGGUCAAGAAACCCCACCUUAAACCUGUCGAGUUGAUGGCCAAGCUGCGACUGAAGCGGGACCUCAAGGUCCAGCACGAGCAGCAACAGCAGCAACAACAACAACAACAACAACAACAAGGCCUCGACGACGAUCAUUCGGAGGCCCAUGUCGACGUCGAGGACGACGUGUUCGACCAAGUGGACGAACAGGGUCGAGUUGGAGGUCAAGGGUUUGCGGGUGGCGUUGGGGGCCAAGCUGGUACAGCCGGGUUUGGCAACUACCCCCGUAACGAGGCUGAAAACCAACAACGCGGCGCUUGGGACCAGUACAACCCCUUCCACCCUCAAUACCAAGCGUACGCCGGUCAACAAGGGUUCGCUGGUCAGCAAGGGUACGGCGGCCAAGGGUAUCACGGGUACCAGGAGCCCGCCGCUCCUUAUAUCGGUCGACCUGGUGCUGGCGCUCCAGCUGGAUGGGCCCCUCCCGUACAACCGUACGGGGGCCAAUACUACCAGCCGAUGGCCAUGCCGGGUUAUGUCCCGUUCAACCAAGCUCCGGCUCCCCCUCCCGCCCCCACUCCCACCCCCGCUCCCUCUCCCACUCCGGCGUCGUCUCCCGGUCCCCAGUCUGCAAAGGACAAGCUGGCUAUCCCGGCGAAACCGGCUGUGCCGAUGAUCGAGGGUCUCAGCGACGCGAAGAGCAAGCUAGUCGAUGCUUGUCACAAGUUGAUGGCGGAACCGACCUACCGGGUCAUCCCCGUCAAGUAUCGCUGCAAGGGGUGCAGCAAGACUCGUGCCGGUCCCUUCGACCACCUCCCCGCGUACAAGAAGUACAACGAGGCGUUCGCGGUCUGUGGUGUUGCCGAUGGCAAAGACCGCUGCCUUCGUUGCCUCUGGAGGGGUACCCCGGCCAAAGACUGCUGCUGGGAGGACGCCGAGGCCAAAGUGCCCGCUGGCAAGAUCGCCCCCAAGACCGCCGCCGCCACCAAGCCCUCUCCCGUCACCCCGACCGGCCCUGCUACUCGCUCCCGAGCAGCCGCGGCGACCUCGUCCGUCGCCUCCCCCUCCUCGACUCGCGGUGGUCUCGCCACCCCCUCUCCGUCUCGCAUUGGGGUUAGGGCCCCUAGGUUCAGAGGCGUUCCGAUCGAGACCGUUGGUGAGGUCAGGGACGCUCUUCUUGAGGCCACCCAAGAUUGGGCUCAGUCGAAGGCAGAGGUCAAGAAGGAUACCGACGCCGACGACCUCAAGGCUAGGUUCCCCGGCGUGUACGACAUGCUCACUCGGGGUGAUACCUUGAUGGAGUUUAUCGAACAGCAGGCCACGAAGCUCGACGAGGCCAUCGGUGACAUCGUCGACGAGACCAAGCCCCCUGCCCCGGUCAAGAAGGAGUGGUAG